GCAAAUCACCCAACUCCACAUAAAAUGUGGCACACAGCACAAGAAACGUUUCAUAUGUAGAAGCACGAGAUUGAAGAUUGAGGAAUCAGCCAAAAGCUCCAAUGGAGGUGGUGAAGCAGCAAAGCAAGAUAAGCCGCAGAUUACUGCUAUUUCCUGCACCAUUUCAAGGCCAUCUAAACCCAAUGCUUAAUCUAGCAACUAUCCUUUAUCAUAAAGGCUUCUCCAUCACCAUCAUCCAAAUUCCUUAUAAUCCUGUAAAUCCUACCCAUUAUCCACACUUCACCUUCCACCUCUUAAACAACAGCUUGCUAGAGUCAUAUUCCAAGAACUCCCCUCCACCUGAUUCUGUCACAGUCAUAACUGACAUAAAUAAAACCUGCUCAGAACCAUUCCGGGAUUGCUUGUCUCAAAUCUUAAGCGAGGCUGCUACAAUAGACCAGAUUCAGGAGCCUAUUGCUGCCUUGAUUGCAGAUCCUCUAUGCAUAUUUGUUGGUUCAGUCGCCACAAGCUUUAACCUUCCGAGGAUAGUACUGAGGACUGGCAGCGUGUCGGCUCUACUGGUUUAUUGUUCCUUGUCCUCCUUGAGAGAAAAGGGUUAUUUCCCUCCCCAAGGUACCAAGUUAGAAGAACCACUACCAGAAUUUCCUCCACUAAAACUCGAGGACCUUCCUUCAGAGACAUAUCACGACCUACUGGAGACUCUAGUCCGAGAGACCAAGACUUCCCAAGGAGUCAUAUGCAAUACCUUUGAAGAGAUUGAAGAUUCUUCAAUAGCCAAAGUUCAACAAACCUUUCCCGUGCCCAUCUUCCCUAUAGGCCCUUUGCACAAACAAUGUCCAGCUUCUGCGAUCAGCAUAAGCCCGCAAGACCAAACUUCCAUUGCCUGGCUAACUACACAAGCACCCAAGUCCGUACUAUAUGUGAGUUUUGGGACUGUUGCCUCGAUGAGCAAAACUGAAUUUCUUGAGCUGGCCUGGGGACUGCUUCAAAGCAUGGUGCCUUUCCUGUGGGUGGUACGCCCUGGGUUGAUCCAAGGCUCAGAAGCCAAUGAUCCAUUGCCAGAAGGAUACCUUGAAAUAGUGGCUGAAAGAGGAUAUAUUGUCAAAUGGGCCCUUCAAUUCGAGGUUUUAUCCCACCCAGCUGUUGGCGGAUUCUGGACUCACAAUGGAUGGAACUCGACUUUGGAGAGCAUUUGUGAAGGAGUGCCAAUGCUUUGCCAACCACUCUUUAGUGACCAAUUUAUGAACGCGAGGCAUGUGAGCGAUAAUUGGAGAGUAGGAUUGAAGUUGGAAAAGGGGAUAAAACGGGAAGAAAUAGCAAGGGCAAUAAGAAAACUGAUGCUGGAAGAAGAAGGUGCACAGAUGAGGAGCAGAGUAACAGAUUUGAAGGAGAAAGCUGAUCUCGGUCUCAAGGAAGGUGGUUCUUCAUACAAAUCUUUAAAAAAGCUUAUCAGCUACCUACUAUCAUUUUGAUCCAUUUAUCCAUUGUAUCAUUUGAAUAUUGGCAUCAAGCCAAUUAAACUUUGAGGAAAAAAAAAAAGUGCAAUCAUAUGUGCUUGUUCAAGUCUUA